GUGAACCGGUAUUCCGCAACCCUGUUGCAUAUGAGAGAGCCUAUAAAAUAUCACAGAACGCCAGUUGUGUACAAAUGUGUCUCAAAACAAUUGCGUUCCAUAUAAAUACCGCCGGUAAUUAAAUACUGCCAACAGUUUUUGUGAUCAACCUCUCAGUAGCAAUCACCACCUGCAAGAAUGAAAACCGCGAUAUUGUUGAGUCUGGUUACGAUCAGUGCCGUAGUUUUGGCAAGACCUAACCAAAUAUCGACCGAUAGUGAUUUUUUGAAACUGUUGGAUUCGGCAAUAGCUGAGGCACAGGAUCUGCACAAAGAUGAUCCUGGAACUCAACAACAACAACACGUUCAAGAUGUCAAUCACACCUCGGAAGAAGUGGAUGAUGACCAUUCGUUAGAACACGAUGAUGACCACGAUCAUGAUGACCAUGACGAUGAACAUGAUUUCAGUCACGAAGAUUGCGAUCAUUCUGAGGAAUCACCUGAAUCUGAUGAGUAUCACCCAAGUACGCCAGCACAGGAUACCGAAACGACGACAAAUGACCCGAACCUCCAAUCAGCCUUGGUCCUAGAUGUAUAAAGGAUAUCGGCAAGAACAACAAGAAUGUAGCUUUACGGAGUAUUAUUUCGUUAAAUCUUAACCGGAAUUUUAAUUUGAAUCGAGAAAAU